AUGAUUUUAGUCGUCUACAGUGCAACUUGGUUGGCUGGACGAUCUGAGUCGGCUGAGUUCAUUGACCUUCCUGGAUUUGUCGUCGAAUUGCCUGUCCACAUUUCCUGCUUCUCUGGCACAGCUGGCGAAUUUGGAGCGCCUGAAUAUGUCAUCCAAUUGCAUUCAGACGGUUCCGUCGAAUGUGAAAUUUAUGAAACGAUACCAGAAGACGUCUUAGUUCGAUUAUCUCUUCUAAAACAAUGGAGUCUGGCUGGUAACUAUAUCGAAUACUUGACUACUGAUCAGCUUAUGCAUAUCGACAAGGUUCUUCACUGCGAACGACUACAACUGGCAUCGUUACAUCUCAACGGGCAGAACCUCACCCAUCUUCAUGCACAUCACAACAUGCUGGAUUGUCUUAUUGUGAUGCCGGUACCACUUCACUUGGUGUUCAUCGACAUAUCGCACAACAUCUUCGACUCAUUGCCGGAUUGGAUCUGUGACCUGCCACAGAUUGAGUGCCUAAUAGUUCAUAACAACCGACUAACCAACGUUCCUAAUCGAUUGCGUCAUUUGAACGUGUCUUUCAAUCGUCUCACUGGUCUGCCAGCCAUGGAUGCAAACGUGGAUAGGAAUCGACUGAACGUCUUGAGACUGAGUUCCAAUCGACUCAACGAAUCAAUCAUGCCGAUCCUGAUGAAGAUGAAACGUCUCAAAAUUCUUGACCUGUCACGUAACAAACUCCGAUAUUUCGAUGACAGGCUCCGUCCGUCUGAAGUGCGCCACAUUUUCGAUAUGACACAGUAUUUUACCGUUCUCUUUUGCGAGAACGUAGAUGAAAACUCAACCUCACAGUUUGAUUCACGGGACGGUAGCGCAGCCGCUAUGAGGCAGCAAACCAUUGAAGGAAUUCAAAUCGGUAGUGCUCUCAGCUCUUUGUCCUUAUUGGAGGAGUUGAAUUUAAGCUCUAACGAGCUCACAACACUCUCUCCUUCCAUAUUCAAGCUUCCAGCACUUCAAGUUCUCAAAGCUCAUUCGAAUCAUAUCAAAUCUAUUCCUGAUCUCUCUCUUUCGCCUACACUACAGAUCUUGGAUUUGUCGAAUAACGCCUUAGGAAAGUGCACCACUUGCAUCGACGCUGGAUGUAGCUUGAAUCUUCUGGAUUUGACCUGUAAUUCGGCUCUCAGCCUUACCUCAGAGACUCUGAGGAGAAAUCAGAAGAAGCCGGUGACUCUCUAUGACAUCGGUGACCAAGCUCAUGAUCGAGUUCUAAUGGGUUUUUCUGAAACUUCAGGAAAUCGCAAUAAAAGUUUAUAUCACUGUUACUUCUGUUUCAUAUUUUUUACUCUGCGGCUUAAGAAGUGGAAGAAAAGUCAGGAAGAAACGGAAAAAGUGUUAUGUGGAAACGAACCCAGUUGGACAGCUUCCAUCCUUACAUUUGUCAUCGAUUGUGAAUUCUUGUUUCUAUAUUGGCCUUCCAACGGAUCUCCUUCAUAUGAAGGAUCUCGAGCCGGUCGUUCGCGAGGCUACUUGGCGUAUCCCUAG